AUGCACCACAAAAAAGAGUAAGUGGGAGUGUUGUAUGAGGUUUUGUACUUAUCCAAUGAGGUUGAUGAAGUAUUCUUCCCUAUCCUGAUAAACACAUUGAAAAAAGAGAGAAUCUAAAACUGCAUAGAAUUUCUCUCAUAAGAUCAAAAAAAAUUUCUUUUUGAAAUAGAAAGGGAAAAGGUAGAAAACUAAUCUCUGCUUGAGAAAGAAUUGACUCUUAAUGGAGAGGAGAACUUGAAGAUAAUAACAGGUGUCCUCAAAAAAAUUA